AUGGAGAGAAUCGUCGGUUUAGGUCACACAUCAUCUACUCUCGAUACGGAGAAGGCUGUGGCUGAAACAUCGGUCUUUUGGGAUAUCAAGACGUGUCCGGUUCCCCCUGAAUAUGAUGCUCGUCUGGUCGCUCCCUGCAUUAAACGGUAUUUGAAAUACUUAGGCUACUCUGGUCCUCUCACCAUCAUUGCCCUUGGUCUACUAGCAGACGUCCCUGAUGGCAUCCUGCGAGCGGUCUCUUCUACUGGAAUCGUUCUUAACAACGUCCCCUUCCGAGGUUCCACAGGCAUUUUGGAAACUAUGUGUGAGUGGACCGAGAGUCAUCCACCUCCAGCUAACAUGAUGCUCAUAUCCUCCAAUCCGUCUACCUUCCCUCAAAUUCUUAGAAAGCCACAUUAUUCUGGAUACAAUAUUUUUGAGCUGUGUCCAUAUGAUUCUCCUAAUCCUGAAUCCCUCUGGAAAGACUUCCUUCUGAAAGAUUCAGGCGCACUGAAGGAGGAUAUGUGUAAUGGAACGUGUGAAACUGCCUCCUGGCUUUGCACAGUAUGCUAUGAUCAUUUCUGCCAAGGAUUUGAAAAUUUCACCACCCAUUUCUCUAGUGAAGAACAUGAAGUGAUGGCUACCUGGAUCGACAACCAGCUUGUGGCUGUAACAUCGGUCUUUUGGGACAUCAAGAGGUGUCCUGUUCCCGCUGGUUGUGAUGCUCGUAGGGUCGGUCCGACUAUCAAACAGUAUUUGGCUGAAUUAGGCUACUCUGGUCCUCUCACCAUCUAUGCCUUUGGCCUACUAACUGACAUCCCUGAUGAUGUCCUGCUAGCAGUCUCUUCCUCUGGAAUUGUUCUUAAUCACAUCGCACUUAAUGACAUCGCCUACGGUUAA